AUGGUCGAAGGCUUCGAAGUCGGAGGCGUCCAGUUCAAUCCAGACGGGUGGGGCCCACCGGACAGCGCAACCACCCCAACCACCACCUCUAACCUUCCCCUCAAUGUCCACUUCACCCCAUCCUCUCGCGCCGAGAAGUUAGGGCGGAUCGCCUACUGGACUUGCACCUUCAACAACCUAGCCCGGUCCAAUAACCCAUCGGAUUUAGUCUUUGACUUCUCGAACGACGAGUCAUUCCUUGCCUCCGCCGAUGAUGACGUCUUAUUCCGUCUCGUGGACAGAAAGGUUUCAUUACGCCCCAGGUUCGGCCCUAAAUGGCAAUUCCAGCAGCGGCAACAGCUGCCUCACUGUCGCGAUGAAGAAGUUGAAGCCAAAAAAACUAGAGGCCGAGAAGGAGCGGCUCGCCGCGACCGGCAAUACAACAUGAACCGGUCCAAUGUCAAUGUCCCUCGCCAACCAGAGGACUUGCUCCUCUGUGGUGGGCUUGAGUUUUACGAUCGUUCAUGCGAUCGAAUCAUGCCCAAGAAUGAGCGAAGACUCUGGCGUUUCAAGAAUCGGAACUUCUUCAAGGUCACCACCACCGACGACCCAAUCAUUCGCCGACUUGCAAACAAGGACAAAGCUACUGUAUUUGCCACUGAUACCAUUCUCUCGACUCUCAUGUGUGCGCCUAGGUCGAUUUACCCUUGGGAUAUCGUUGUUCAGCGAUUUUGGAAAAUUUGGAAUGGUGAAGCUGAGAGAGCUUGGGUUCUGUCAGGGAACAGUGAAGGGAAGUUUUUCUCGUCCAUUUGGGCUCUUGGAAGGGUCCACAUCGGCGGUGUAGGAGCAAAUCACAAAGAUGCUCUUCACUUGGAGAUGCUAACACAAACCAGUCACCAACACAAACCACGCGCUCCCUGA